CAGCGCUCUGAGGCUCGGGGCGCGGCGGGCGCGGCGGGCGCGGGGCUCAUGUAAUCAAAGAAGUUUCUUUGUUGUGUGUAUCUUUACAGAACACAACAGGAAUUGAAAAUGAAUCAGAGUGCUACUGAGCCUGUGGCAGCCACUGAAACCCUGGCCGAGGUACCUGAACAUGUGUUGCGAGGACUUCCAGAGGAAGUGAGACUUUUCCCAUCUGCUGUCGACAAGACCCGGAUCGGUGUCUGGGCCACUAAACCAAUUUUAAAAGGCAAAAAGUUUGGGCCAUUUGUUGGUGACAAGAAAAAAAGAUCUCAGGUUAAGAAUAAUGUAUACAUGUGGGAGGUUUAUUACCCAAAUUUGGGGUGGAUGUGCAUUGAUGCCACGGAUCCAGAGAAGGGGAACUGGCUGCGAUAUGUGAAUUGGGCUUGCUCAGGAGAAGAGCAGAAUUUAUUUCCACUGGAAAUCAACAGAGCCAUUUACUACAAAACUUUAAAGCCAAUCGCGCCGGGCGAGGAGCUCCUGGUCUGGUACAAUGGGGAAGACAACCCCGAGAUAGCAGCUGCGAUUGAGGAAGAGCGAGCCAGCGCCCGGAGCAAGCGGAGCUCCCCGAAGAGCCGGAGAGGGAAGAAAAAAUCCCAAGAAAGUAAAAACAAAGGAAACAAAACUCACAACAUACAGCAGAAGACAAGUGGCUCUUCUGCAAAUUCCACCUCUGCAAAUAUGAGAGAUUCUGCGGAAGGUCCUAAAGAAGAGGAAGAGAAGCCUUCAGCAUCGGCACUUGAGCAGCCGGCCGUUCUUCAGGAGGUGGCUGGUCAGAGUGUGCUUCCAGAACUAGUUACUCCUCCCCCUGCCUGUGAGUCACAGCCAGAACCAGGCGAGAAACCAGAAGCAACAAAUUGUGAGGCGAAUGAUGUGGAGGAAGAGGAGGAGGAGGAGGACGACGACGAUGAUGAUGAGUUAGAAGAAGAGGGGGAGGAAGAAGCUGACAGGCCGAAUGAGAAUUCUGUGAAAGAACCAGAAAUACGAUGUGAUGAGAAGCCAGAAGAUUUAUUAGAAGAACCAAAAGAUAUUUCAGAAGAAACUCUUGAAGACUGUCCAGAGGUAGCGCCUGUUAUCAGAAUCCCCAAAACUAAAGAAGAGUCUAAUGGUGAUAUAUUUGAAGCAUUCAUGUUUCCAUGUCAGCAUUGUGAAAGGAAGUUUACAACCAAACAGGGGCUUGAACGUCACAUGCAUAUCCAUAUAUCUACAGUCAAUCAUGCUUUCAAAUGCAAGUACUGUGGGAAAGCAUUUGGCACACAGAUUAACAGGCGGCGGCAUGAGCGUCGCCAUGAAGCAGGGUUAAAGCGGAAACCCGGCCCAACACUACAGCCAUCAGAGGACCUCGCUGAUGGCAGAGUAUCUGGAGAAAGUGUUGCUCCUAAAGAUGAAUUGAAUCCUCCCUAUCUUGGGCAAAACUGUCUGAUCUUGAAUUCAGAGAAAGCUUCCCAAGAAACAGUAAAUUCUUCUGUUAUAGAAGAGAACGGGGAAGUUAAAGCACUUCAUCCGUGCAAAUAUUGUAAAAAGGUUUUUGGAACUCAUACUAAUAUGAGAAGGCAUCAGCGUAGAGUUCAUGAGCGCCAUCUGAUUCCCAAAGGUGUACGGCGAAAAGGAGGCCUCCAUGAAGAGCCACAGCCUCCAGCUGAACAGGCCCAACCCACCCAGAACAUCUAUGUACCAAGCACAGAGCCAGAGGAGGAAGGGGAAGCAGAUGACGUGUACAUCAUGGAUAUUUCUAGCAAUAUCUCUGAAAACUUAAAUUACUAUAUUGAUGGUAAAAUUCAGACUAACAGCAGCACUAGUAACUGUGAUGUGAUUGAGAUGGAAUCUAAUUCGGCAGACUUGUAUGGUAUAAAUUGUCUGCUCACUCCAGUUACAGUGGAAAUCACUCAGAAUAUAAAGACCACACAGGUCCCUAUAACAGAUGAUUUUCCUAAAGAGCCUUCCAGCAGCACAAACAGUGAAUCCAAGAAACGGAGAACUGCUAGUCCACCUGUGCUACCCAAAAUUAAAGCUGAAACAGAUUCUGACCCUGUAGGACCCUCGUGUUCCUUGAGUCUGCCUCUUAGCAUAUCAACGACAGAGGCAGUAUCUUUCCAUAAGGAGAAAAGUGUGUAUUUGUCGUCAAAGCUCAAACAGCUUCUUCAAACCCAGGAUAAACUAGCUCCUCCUGCAGGGAUUUCGGCAAGUGAAAUACCUAAACUAGGUCCUGUUUGUGUGUCUGCUCCCGCGUCUAUGUUGCCGGUGACCUCAAGUAGGUUUAAGAGGCGGACCAGCUCUCCUCCCAGUUCUCCACAGCACAGUCCUGCCCUCCGAGACUUCGGGAAGGCAAGUGAUGGGAAAGCAGCAUGGACCGAUGCAGUUCUGACUUCCAAGAAACCCAAAUUAGAAAGUCAUAGCAACUCACCAGCGUGGAGUUUGUCUGGGAGAGAUGAGAAAGAAACUGGAAGCCCUCCGUGCUUUGAGGAAUAUAAAAUAUCUAAAGAGUGGGCAGCCAGUUCUACUUUUAGCAAUGUGUGCAACCAACAGCCUCUGGAUUUAUCCAGCGGUGUCAAACAGAAGGCUGAGGGUACAGGCAAGACUUCAGUCCCAUGGGAAUCUGUAUUAGAUCUCAGUGUGCAUAAAAAGCCUUGUAGUGAAUCUGAAGGCAAGGAAUUCAAAGAAAAUCAUUCGAUGCAGCAAACUUGUAGUGCUGUAAAGAAAAAGAAACCGACCACCUGCAUGCUGCAGAAGGUUCUUCUCAAUGAAUAUAAUGGCAUCGAUUUACCCAUAGAAAAUACUGCAGAUGUGACCAGGAGCCCAAGUCCUUGUAAAGCCCUGGAUGCCCAACCAGAUCCUGACCUUGGUCCUGACUCUAGUUUCUCAGCCCCCACUGUCGAGUCUCCACCUGAUGUUUGUCCAUCACCCACCCUACAGACAUCUUCCCUUUCUUCUGGUCAGCUGCCUCCUCUCUUGGUCCCCACAGAUCCCUCUUCUCCUCCACCCUGUCCUCCUGUGUUAACUGUUGCCACUCCGCCCCCUCCCCUCCUCCCUACUGUGCCUCUUCCAGCCCCCUCUUCCAGCACAUCUCCUCACCGGUGUCCCUCUCCUCUCUCGAAUGCCACUGCGCAGUCUCCACUUCCGAUUCUGUCCCCCACGGUGUCCCCCUCUCCCUCUCCCAUUCCUCCCGUGGAGCCUCUGAUGGCUGCCACUUCACCCGGGCCUCCAACACUCUCCUCUUCCUCCUCUUCCUCUUCCCCUUCUUCCUCCUCCUCCUCUUCCUCCUCUUCCUCCUCUUCGUUCUCUUCUUCAUCUUCCUUCUCUUCCCCUUCGCCACCUCCUCUCUCAGCAGUGUCAUCCGUUGUUUCCUCUGGUGAUAAUUUGGAGGCUUCUCUCCCCAUGAUAUCUUUCAAACAGGAGGAAUUAGAGAGUGAAAGUCUGAAACCCAGGGAAGAGCCUCAGUCUGCACUUGAACAGGAUAUUGUUCAGGAAACAUUCAACAAAAACUUUGUUUGCAAUGUCUGUGAAUCACCUUUUCUUUCCAUUAAAGAUCUAACCAAACAUUUAUCUAUUCAUGCUGAAGAAUGGCCCUUCAAAUGUGAAUUUUGUGUGCAGCUUUUUAAGGAUAAAACUGAUUUGUCAGAGCAUCGCUUUUUGCUUCAUGGAGUUGGGAAUAUCUUUGUGUGUUCCGUUUGUAAAAAAGAAUUUGCUUUUUUGUGCAACUUGCAGCAGCACCAGCGAGAUCUCCACCCAGAUAAGGUGUGCACACACCAUGAGUUUGAAAGUGGGACUCUGAGGCCCCAGAAUUUCACAGAUCCCAGCAAGGCCCAUAUAGAGCAUAUGCAGAAUUUGCCAGAAGAUCCUUUAGAAACUUCUAAAGAAGAGGAGGAGUUAAAUGAUUCCUCUGAAGAACUUUAUACAACUAUAAAAAUAAUGGCUUCUGGAAUAAAGACGAAAGAUCCAGAUGUUCGAUUGGGUCUCAAUCAGCAUUAUCCAAGCUUUAAACCACCUCCAUUUCAGUACCAUCACCGAAACCCCAUGGGUAUUGGUGUGACAGCCACAAACUUCACCACACACAAUAUUCCACAGACUUUUACUACUGCCAUUCGCUGUACAAAAUGUGGAAAAGGUGUUGACAACAUGCCUGAGUUACACAAACAUAUCCUAGCAUGUGCUUCUGCAAGUGACAAGAAGAGGUAUACCCCUAAGAAAAAUCCAGUACCAUUGAAGCAAACUGUGCAACCCAAAAAUGGUGUGGUGGUUUUAGAUAACUCUGGGAAAAAUGCCUUCAGGCGAAUGGGACAACCCAAAAGACUAAAUUUUAGUGUUGAGCUCAGCAAAAUGUCAUCGAAUAAGCUCAAAUUAAAUGCAUUGAAGAAAAAAAAUCAGCUUGUCCAGAAAGCAAUCCUUCAAAAAAACAAAUCUGCCAAGCAGAAGGCAGACUUAAAAAAUGCUCCUGAGUCAUCCUCUCACAUCUGCCCUUACUGUCGUAGAGAAUUCACCUACAUCGGAAGCCUCAACAAGCAUGCGGCUUUCAGCUGUCCCAAAAAGCCCCUUUCUCCUGCCAAAAAAAAGGUUUCUCAUUCAUCCAAGAAAGGCGGACACUCAUCACCUGCUAGUAGUGACAAAAACAGUAACAGCAGCCACCGCAGACGGACAGCGGAUGCAGAGAUUAAGAUGCAAAACACGCACGCUCCUUUGGGCAAGACCAGAGCCCGCAGCUCAGGCCCCGCACAAAGCCCACCGGCCUCCUCGUCCUUCAGGUCCAAGCAGAAUGUCAAAUUCGUAGCUUCGGUUAAGUCGAGAAAGCCAAGCUCCUCUUCCCUAAGGAACUCCAGCCCGAUAAGGAUGGCCAGGAUAACUCAUGUUGAGGGGAAGAAGCCCAAAGCUGUGGCCAAGAAUCAUUCUGCUCAGCUCUCUAGCAAAACGUCCCGGAGCCUGCACGUGAGGGUGCAGAAAAGCAAAGCUGUUCUACAAAGCAAAUCUGCUUUGGCGAGUAAGAAAAGAACAGACCGGUUCAGUAUAAAAUCUAGAGAACGGAGUGGGGGGCCGAUCACCCGAAGCCUUCAGCUGGCAGCUGCUGCCGACCUGGGUGAAAACAAGAGAGAGGACAGCAGUGUCAAGCAGGAGCUGAAGGACUUCAGCUACAGCCUCCGCCUGGCAUCCCGAUGUCCUUCAUCCACGGCCCCGUAUGUCACCAGGCAUUGUAGGAAGGUCAAGGCUCCGGCUGCAGCCCAAUUCCAGGGACCCUUCUUCAAAGAUUAGACUCUUCACCUGCUCCCUGACAGCACCUGAAGUGACCUGGAAUCAGUGAAGCCAAAGGGACCGGCAGUCUGCCCUGCAGGGAGUACCGCCCUACCCCAGUUGUGCGAGCCUGCGAGAGAAAGGGAGCAUGUGUGCGUGUGUGUUUGUGUGUGCACAUGGGGAUGCGCGUGUGGUCUUCAGCCAAGGGUCCUGAACCCCAGGGAGGCUGGAAGGCAGCUGACUCCACACCGUCCUUGGAUGAUACUUGGAAGCAGCCCCUGGGACCGUGGUGUGCAGCUCAGCCUUCCUGUUGGGGUAGGGCUGUCCUACUAUGCAAUUCUUCAAGAGCUCCUUCACCCUGCUUUCUGCUUCUUGAGUUGUCUUUUGCCAUUGUGGGGACUUUGGUCUGGCUGGGGAUCAGCUUCAGUCCCGUCUGAGGAAGGCCUUCAGGUGGAGGCCAAGUUCCCCUUCAGUGCCACCCCCGCUCCCUGCCUUCCCUCUCCCUGCAGCAUCUCUGGGAAUCAAUAGCAUAUAGACACGCUGGGGCCGAGUCUGAACAUCCCCCUUGGCCCCAGCACUUGGAAACCCCCUUUCCUGGCCUGAGAAACCUGAGCUGAUGGCUCUUGAGUCAUUUCUAGAUUUGACAUUCUCAUCGGUCCAUUACUCUUGAGUCUUUGCAGAGAACCCCUAAAGAAGAUACAUCUGGAAGAAAGACCUUGUCCCCAUGUAUAGAUCUGGUCCCUCCCUUGGGAGGGGCAGGCGUGCGGAUGGUGUGUGGGGUGAGGGGGAAUCUCCUGCCCUUCAUCACCUCACUUGGUGGGACCAUCUUCACCUCUAGUGUCUGAGCUUCUCAAAUUAGCUGCAAAGGGAAACAAAAAAAUUGGGAAAUGAAAAAAGUGGGAGGAUUAAAAAGCACAGGGGGAAGAAAAUAGAUUUCUGGAGGCCAUAAAUCGCCUACCAGGGGAUGACGGGGCCGACUCCUGCUCUCUGGUGCACAGUCCAUGUCUCAGAGACACGGGUGAGCCGAGCUUGGAGUUGGGACCCAGGUCAGGGAGGUUCUUGGGUUUUGUGCCUUUGGGACGGACCCCAGACAAGGAUGUCUGAGACCACUUUGGUGCUGUUUUCUCAGCUCCGUUUUCAGUAGUGAUGUAUCAAACCCAAAGUGGCAGGAGGGAACACUGAAGAGGAUGAGUUAUCACACAAUACAAAAAGGGAUUUUUUAACUUUCAGGGCUACUAUGGUUGAUCUUGCAACUCUGUAAAUAUGUAUGUAAACACUUUUAAAAGCACGUAUUUAUGUCUUUGACUGUAAAUGCCCCGUUUUUAAAGUUUUAUAACUUGUGUUAUUUAAUGAAUCAGUCGACUGGCUGCAGUAUGGGGUCUGAUAACGGUCCAGGAGAAGGGUCUCAUGAGACCCUCACAUAGGCAGAAAAAUGCUCAUCAUUGGCCACCAUCACAGUUUUCCUGUUUCCCACCAAGCUAAAAACUGUUGUUUUUAAUUUUUAUAAACUGGAAUCCUCUUGCCCGUUCCUACAAUUAACUUUCACAAGCAUGAAAAAUUGUGGCUGUUUCGUAUCCUAACAAUACAGUUUUGUCCCAUAAAUGGUAACAUUCAUGAACUAUACCCCAGCCUCUCAGUUCUUGAGCAUUUUCCCCUUUCAGCAGCGAGGAAAGCUCACACACCGGAAGCCUCGAAAGUCACCUUCAGCCAAGGACGGGUUCCAGAAAAUGCUGUAAGGCCCUCGGGGGUACUCAUUUUUGCAUGUGCAAAUGUGCUGGUCACCCUUCAGUACUCCCAGAUGGUCAGGAAAACUGUUCUGACGACAAAAAAGAGGGGAUGGAUUUGUAAAGAGUGGUGCUGACUGGUCAGCGGUGGUCCUUGAGGGUGGGUUUGUGUCACGGAGGAAGACAGUUCUGUAUCUGCCAUGUGAAGAAAACACAAUAAAAGUGUGAAGAGCGAUUGUCAGACAAA